AUGGAUAAGGACGAGCAUCUGGUUCACGGCUUGGAAGCUUGCGACUGGGAACAGCUGCAACACCGCUAUACCGACGCGAUGGAUGAGUAUGGCCGAAUGGAAGAGAAUCUGCGUGCCGAAGCUGCAACACUGCUCGAGAUCUUUACGGCGUGGUCUCAGACUACAGUGCUGCAAGAUGAAAACAGAGCUUUCAAAAGGUUCGACUAUCUCCAUUUUCCCUUUUUGGAGACGAAUCUGACCUCUGGUAGGUUCAAGACUCAGAUGCAGCAUGUGCAGCACUCGGAAGUCAACGUGGAGCACAAGAAACAACACUGCCAAGACAUGGAGGUUGUGAAAGCCUUUGAAAGUGCACUGAAAUUGCUCAACGAGCAGCUCAAGGGAUGA